CCGACUCGGUAUCCCAUCAAGGGAUCUCCUGGCGAUCGGUCGAAGUAUCCACGCCGUCCAUCCGUUCGUUGCCCCACCGCACACGACAAAGUCAGAUUGAUCUCCUGGAAGACCUCCGCUUCCCGUUAAUGGCUUCCCUAUCCCGCCCCUGCCUCCUGUACCGCGGUUUCUUCGAGGACGCCUCUCGCCGCCUCAAGAAGACCCCCGCCGGUUCCAAGAUUUCGCUUCUGAACUCAGCGUGCGGUUCUUCCCCCAUUCUUGGAUGCUCCACGCGCGUGUCGAGGAGCCUUGUGUCGGCGGAGUUAGGUGCUCGCCUGGGAGCCCUUCGAUCUGCGGUCGAGGAGGCGAAGAUAGUGCGGCAGCAGGAGGAGGAAGAGGAGAAGGGAAGGCCUCUGAGGGUCGGGAUCAUCUGCGGUGGCCCGUCUGCGGAGCGUGGCAUCUCGUUGAACUCUGCACGAUCGGUACUUGAUCAUAUACAGGGAGAAGAUUUGCAUGUCAGCUGCUAUUAUAUUGAUUGCAGUCUCAAUGCAUAUGCAAUAUCACCUGCCCAGUUAUACUCAAACACUCCUGCAGAUUUUGAUUUCAAACUAGAGAGCCUUGCCCAAGGUUUUCGCUCUUUACACACCUUCGUAGAGCAUCUUGCUGUCUCUGUGGACAUAGUUUUUCCUGUUAUCCAUGGCCGUUUUGGUGAAGAUGGGGGCAUUCAGGAGCUGCUGGAGAAAGCAAAUGUACCAUUUGUUGGCACAGCUUCUCAUGAAUGCCGCCAGGCAUUUCACAAGUACAAUGCAUCUUUGGAGCUUAUCAAACAGGGUUUCCUCACAGUGCCCGGUUUUCUUGUUCAGGGAAACCAACCAGACAGGUCUGAAAUGAUAAGGUGGUUUGAAAUCAAUCUUCUGGAUAAGGAAACAGGAAAAGUUGUGGUGAAGCCGACACUGGCUGGAUCAAGCAUUGGUGUUACAGUUGCUUACGGUGUUGAUGAUGCCAUUGAGAAAGCAAUUAACAUAAUUAGUGAGGGCAUUGAUGAUAACGUUCUUGUUGAAGUUUUUCUGGAAGGAGGGAGUGAAUUUACAGCAAUUGUCAUUGAUGUUGGAAUUGAUAAUGAUGCCAAGCCUGUUGUUUUACUACCAACUGAAGUGGAGCUUCAAGUUUUGACCAAUAAUGAUCAGUCUGAGGACACAAUUUUUAACUACAGGAGGAAGUAUCUUCCAACACAGCAGGUUGCUUAUCACACCCCUCCUCGUUUCCCAACUGAUGUCAUUGAAUGUAUAAGACAAGGAGCAUCAUUGUUAUUUCAACAUUUUGGUCUUCGUGAUUUUGCUAGGAUCGAUGGUUGGUUUUUACCUGGCAAUGCUAAUAUGUUCUCGACAGUUGCAAAAAAUACUAAGUUUGGAAUUACAGAAUCGGGUAACAUCAUUUUCACAGACAUUAACCUGAUAAGCGGGAUGGAGCAAACCAGCUUCUUAUUUCAGCAAGCCUCAAAGGUUGGGCUUUCUCAUUCAAAUGUUCUUCGAACCAUCAUCCAGCAUGCAUGCUUGCGAUAUCCUUCUCUCAAAUCAUGCAGUAAUGCAUGGAACACAUUAUCCAGAAGAUUGCAAUCUGCUCAGCAUAGCAAUGUACCCUCCAAGAUCCGGGGUUCUCAGAAGGUUUUUGUGCUCUUUGGUGGGGAAACUUCAGAACGUCAAGUAUCUCUCAUGAGUGGAACAAAUGUUUGGCUCAAUUUGCAAGGUUAUGGUGAUCUUGAUGUGAUUCCUUGCCUGCUUGCUCCUGCAAAUGGAUAUGGAUCUGCUGAACUUAAGAAUGCAGAUCAACAAGAGAUUUGUAGAACUGUUUGGACUUUACCUUACUCUCUCGUCCUACGACAUACCACAGAGGAAGUUCUGGCAGCAUGCAUUGAGGCGGUCGAACCAGAUAGGGCUUUAUUAACAUCUCAUUUACGUGACAAUGUUAUGAGUGAACUAUCAGCAGCUCUUAGCAAACAUUAUUGGUUUUCUGGUUUUGACAUCAAUGAAGAACUACCUGCAAAUUUUACGCUGGAAAACUGGAUCAAGCAUGCUAAAGAGUCUCAGUCAAUAGUUUUUAUUGCAGUGCAUGGUGGAAUUGGUGAAGAUGGUACUCUCCAAUCUUUGUUAGAGGCUGCUGGAGUUCCUUAUACAGGUCCAGGACCUUUUGCUUCCAAAAUAUGUAUGGAUAAAAUGCAAACAUCUCUUUCUCUUAGCCAAUUGACAAGUUUGGGAGUACUUACCAUACCUAAAGUUGUUAGGAGAAAAGAAGAAUUACUGAAUUCUUAUGUACCUGAUACCUGGCAAGCUCUGACAAGUGAACUGCAAUCAAGGUCAUUAUGUGUCAAACCAGCUCGGGAUGGAUGCUCAACUGGUGUUGCUAGAUUAUGCUCCAUGGAAGAUCUUGAAGUCUAUGUAAAUGCAUUAAGGAACUCCCUCCCACGUAUACCCGCUAAUAGUUUGUUAAAGGCACAUGGGGUGAUCGAAAUGCCAAGCCCUCCUCCUCAGUCAUUAAUUUUCGAGCCUUUUAUUGAAACAGAUGAAAUAAUUGUUUCAUCCAAAUCACUGGAUAGUAAUGCUCGUCAUCUUAUAUGGGAAGGACAUACUGGAUGGGUUGAAGUGACAGUUGGUGUCAUGGGUACACGUGGUGAGAUGCAUUCACUUAGUCCUAGUAUUACUGUCAAAGAAACUGGUGACAUUUUAUCACUUGAAGAGAAAUUUCAAGGUGGUACUGGCAUCAACUUGACACCACCUCCAGCAGCAAUAAUAAGUGAUGAAGCCUUACAAAGAUGUAAACAACGAAUUGAAAUCAUUGCAAAUACUUUAGGAUUGGAAGGAUUUUCUCGGAUUGAUGCAUUCAUGAAUGUGCAAAGUGGGGAGGUUUUAGUGAUAGAGGUUAACACCAUACCAGGGAUGACCCCAUCGACCGUCUUGAUUCAUCAGGCCCUUGAAGAACAACCACCCAUACGUCCUCAAGAUUUUUUUCGUACCGUUCUUGAGUUUGCUCGGCAAAGAUCGAAUUAGAUCCUUCUCCAUCAUCCAAACUACAACUCAGUAUCCUAAUUAAGGCACUUAUUAAGGGAAUAAAUAAUUCGAUCUCUUAGUGUCAUUCUGGUUGCUCUUUGUUUGAGCCCUAUUUAUCAUAUUACUGUUUUGUGUUUUUACUUUAUAAUUGAUUUUUAAGCAAAUGGUCAGUGAUGAAUGCUAGUUUUAAUCCCCAGACUUUACAAUAAUUUAAUAAAGUUUUUGUUAGAUAA